GUCAUGGACGCUGAAGCGCUGGACUAAUCACAUGCGUGCGCGCUGACGAAGUGAUUAUACUACGGCCGAGAGGCUUUCAUUCGUCGCUGAGGUCCAUUGGGUGCGCGUGCGCCUACGCAAAUACCUGUAUAUUCGGCUUCAUCUUUCUAAACAUCAGGGAUGGCCGAGGCACAUCAGGCUGUAGCGUUCCAGUUCACCAUAACUGCAGAAGGUAUCGACCUGCAGCUUUCUCACGAGGCCCUGAGACAGGUUUAUCUCUCCGGACUUCGCUCUUGGAAAAAGCGCACAGUGCGUUUAAAGAAUAAUGUGAUCACGGGUGUGUAUCCUGCAAGCUUGUCCUCAUGGCUCUUUGUGGUCAUAGCGAUCCUGGCCACAAUGUACACACGCUCGGACCCGUCCAUGGGCCUCAUCGCUAAGAUCCAGGAGCACCUGCCAGUCAGCGGUUCUCUGAGCCCUCAGGGUCGGACGGUGGUCUCCGCCUUGGUGUUCAGCACACUACUGUGGCUCUCCCUCAUCUUCACCAUGAAGCUGUGCCUGAAGCAGCUGCUCUCGUACCACCGCUGGAUGUUCGAGCAGCACGGCAACGUUUCAACCACCACCAAGAUCUGGGUGAUGCUGGUGAGGAUCUUCUCCGGUCGUCAGCCGCUGCUGUACAGCUAUCAAGGUUCUCUGCCUAACCUACCAGUACCUGCUGUCAAAGACACCAUCCAAAGGUACAUGGAGUCAGUGCGUCCCCUGAUGACAGACUCGGAGUUCAAGAGAAUGGCGACUCUAGCGAGAGAUUUUGAGCUCAGUCUCGGAAAUCGCCUCCAGUGGUACCUCAAGCUCAAGGCCUUGUGGGCCUCCAACUACGUGAGCGACUGGUGGGAGGAGUACAUCUACCUCAGAGGUCGCGGCCCCAUCAUGGUGAACAGCAACUACUAUGGCAUGGACUUUAUGUUUGUGACCCCAACACCGAUCCAGGCUGCCAGAGCAGGGAACACGCUGCACGCUCUCCUCCUGUACCGUAGGAAGCUAAACAAAGAGGAACUCAAACCUAGCCGUAUACCUGGCACUUUCAUUCCUCUAUGUGCAGCUCAGUGUGAGAGGCUUUUCAACACCACACGAACCCCAGGAGUGGAAACGGGUAACAUGCACACGGUGGUGCACUGGAACGACAGCGAGCACGUGGCCGUGUACCACAGGGGGCGCUAUUUCCGUCUGUGGCUCUAUCAGGCGGGCAGGAUGCUGAGGCCACGUGAGAUUGAACAGCAGAUCCAAUGUAUCCUGGAUGAUAAGUCUGCCCCAGCGCCAGGCGAGGAGAAACUGGCAGCAUUAACUGCAGGGGACAGAAUUCCAUGGGCUGAAGCCAGGAAGAAGUUUUUCAGCUCUGGCGUCAACAAGAGGUCCCUGGACUGCAUUGAGAAAGCCGCGUUCUUCGUCACUCUGGAAGACGAGGAGCAAGGCAUGAUGGGAGACGACCCCGACGCGAGUAUGGACCGUUACGCCAAGUCUCUCCUUCAUGGGAAAUGUUACGACAGGUGGUUCGAUAAGUCCUUCACCGUGGUGGUGUAUAAAAACGGGAAGAACGGCCUGAACGCAGAGCACUCCUGGGCAGACGCUCCCAUCGUCUCCCACAUGUGGGAGUAUGUCCUAACCAUGGACAGUUUUCAGUUGGGUUAUAAUCAAGAAGGACAUUGCAAAGGUGACGGUAAUCUGUCUCUGCCCCACCCGGUGCGGUUGUCCUGGAACAUCCCCACAGAGUGUCAGGAUCGUGUCCUCCAGUCUCUCUCGGUAGCGCAGGCGCUGGCCGAGGACGUCAACUUUCACGUUUUCGCCUUCCGGGAUUUUGGCAAAGGCAGCAUUAAAAAGAUCCGCAUGAGCCCAGAUGCCUUUAUUCAGUUAGCGCUGCAGCUAGCCUACUACAGGGACAGAGGGAUGUUCUGUCUGACGUACGAGGCGUCGAUGACGCGCCUGUUCCGUGAGGGCCGGACUGAAACGGUGCGCUCGUGUUCCAGUGAGAGCUGUGCCUUCGUCAAAGCGUUCCACAACGGAGAGGCGGUGGACCAGUGCAGGCGUUUGUUUCGCUCAGCGGCUGAGAAGCAUCAGAUGCUUUACCGACUGGCCAUGACAGGAGCUGGAAUAGACAGACACCUCUUCUGCCUCUACGUCGUCUCAAAAUACCUGGGCGUGGAGUCGCCCUUCCUGAAAGAGGUGUUGUCCGAACCGUGGCGUCUCUCCACCAGUCAGACUCCGUUCCAGCAGGUGGAGCUGUUUGACCUCGUGAAUCAUCCCGACUACAUCACCUGCGGUGGAGGAUUCGGACCUGUUGCCGACGAUGGAUACGGCGUGUCCUACAGCAUCAUUGGGGAGAAGAUCAUCAGCUUCCACGUCUCCAGCAAGCGUUCGUGUGCUCAAACCGACUGCCACAGGUUCGGCAUGCAGAUCAGGACGGCGCUGUUGGAUCUUUUGAAGCUGAUGACGGACGAUAAGAAAGAAGAGCCACAAAGCGAGCAGAACCACACCACAAAGAAAGACCAGUAGAGGGCAGUAGAGGACAGAGGGAUUCAUUCAAUACAGAAGAAUUAGUGUGUGUGUGUGUGUGUUUUCCCCUAUUGAUUGUGCGUGCGUGUGUGUGUGUGUGUGUGUGUGUGGUAGAAUGGUGCAAAGGGACCAGAGGCAGGAUAAAAUUACAGAUGCAUUAUCAUGUGAAGAGAUGAUGAUGAUGAUGAUGAGCCGGUUCCGUCUUAAAUGCCUUAAGUGUUCAGCAGGUAGGGAUUUAACAGCUACAUCUAGGGUCAAUUUCAGUUAGCUCCUGCAUCCCAAUUCCACUCAGUAUCUUUUUUUUUUUUUUCCCCCUCCCUUUUAUUUAUUUUUUUUUCAUUAUUAUUUUUAUUUCUUAAGCAAAAACAACCUAUUUGAAGCAGCGUCACACAAAAAAAAAACAAUAGAUAAAUAAAUAAAAAGGGCAUUGUAGCUUAGAGAGACGGUAGCUAUCGGAUUAAAUAAAUACUAGCUUUGUGCGAGGGGACGAAACCCCUAGCAUACAGAUAUGCAUCACGUUGUACUGCUACCUUUUUUUAUGCUUCUUUUCAUUAUUCAUUUCAUCUUUACAUUUAUUUGUUUUUAAAAAAAAGUGUCAUCUGCCUCAUUUCUUUCUUUCUUUUUUAAUGCUUUCAAAAACAUGUUGCUCAAAUGUGCAGUUAUGUAAGAGUUAUAUGUCCGUGAGGUCCAGCUAAUAUUAAAGCAGCCCAACACCUACACGGUUACACUUAAAGCAGCGCCAGUGCAGUAUUGCCACAGAGGGCACGUGACCGAGACGAGGAAGAAUUCAGAAUAUAUACAUAAAAGGAACUUUGUUUUGUUUUGUUUUUCAGGUCAUGAACAAUUCCAACCUCACUUACACACUGGAAUGUACAAUUCUACAUGUAUUUAAAUCUUGAAACGGAUUUUAUACUUCGGGUUCAACGUUAACGCGGUGCAAUCGCGAAUGAACUGGUGUUUAGGAUACAGUCGUUUUUUAGAUGUCGGACCUCGCGUUCGGAUUCGAUGACGUCGCUCCGAACCGUUUUUACUUGAAUGGUGGUGUUUUUAUUUUGUUGUUGUUGGUGGUGGGUUUUGUUGUGUUUUGUUUUCUCCCCCCAGCACACACUUACAUAACGUUUUCCUUGCUGAUGAUGACAGGGCCACAUGAUUCAGUGUGAAGUUCAGAACAAAAAAUCGUGCAGCUGUUGGAGUCUUUUUAUAGACAGAUGCAUGACAUAAUGCUUAGUAACGCAUGAGUGAUGGCUAAUAAUCGUGAAAGAUCACGCCUGAAGGGAACGCAGUCGUGCAGUCCGAACCGUUCGGAUGUCUCAGUGACGGUGUGAUUUUUUUUAUUAUUAUUAUUUUAUUAUUAUUAAUUAUUAUUUUUCCUCUUCCUCAACGGCUUGAACGAAGAUUUCUAGGAAGGAUCAAAGCUCAGAUUGAGGGUCAUGAAUCUGCACCACUUUUGAUUGCCAGUGAGACUUUAUAAUAGUGGGGAUUUAUUAUUAUUAUUAUUACUACUACUACUAUAACUACACUAACUAUUUUGUUUCACUCAACACUUUUACCAUUUUUCAUCUUAUGACAUUUAAUAACCACUGACUUCUUGUUGCUGUUCUUGUUGUUGUGUGUUGAUUAUUCGAUGAUGUCCAAGUUAACACCUGAAACAAUAUGGUUAUUCGUAAUGUAUCUAGCUCUCUCCCAGACACUCUCUAAAUUAGAAUGAGCUCCCCUAAACACCCCACCCCUACACCCCCAAGCACUUAUUGCCCCUUCUCUCGGGUCGGUAGAUUGCGUCCCGUCUUUAUUUCGUCUCUUCUCGCUUUCGUCUUUUCUGCAGUAGGGUGCAAGUCUUUCUUGCUUUCUUUGGCCUGACUAUAGCAAGUGUCUGUAUUUUAUACGUCCUCAUUGGGGGGAAAAAAAGUGAAAGACAUGAAAUCUUUUUUUUUAAUAAAAAGAGAUUGAAGCACA